AUCCUUCAGUACUCGUGUGUUGCCAGAAGGGAAAGCUUCAAAAUGAAAUUCCUCCUGCUUGCUGCCUGUGUACUUGGAGUGGCUGUCUGUGCACCUUCUCACAAGUACCAGGAGUUUGACAUCCGUCACGCUCCUCCUGAGGCAGCUCAGGCUAUUCCUGCUGGAGUCCCAGUUGGAACUCUGGAUGUUCUUCUCGAGGUUGAUGCUCCUGUCGGAGGACCAGUUCGUGGCUUCAUCAAGCAGGAGAUACUCGAGCCAAAUGGCAGAGACACAAAGGAUGUGUACUAUCCUUUCGGUUUCGACAUGCCAGUUCCUGCCGCGCCUGCACCCGUUGCCCCCGCUGCUGCUGCUGAUCCCGUUGCUCCUGCAGCCCCUGUAGCCCCUGUUGCCCCUGUUGCCCCUGCAGCUCCAGCUGCUCCAGCUGCUCCUGCUGCCCCUGUUGUACCGGUCGUUGCUGCCCCUGCUGCCAGGCCCACCGGGGAUGAUGAUGAUGAUGAUGAUGACUAAACAAUCAGAGUCAGCAGGAUAGGAAAGGUUGGAGCAGGACAGGUGACCAAUGCAAUAAGAGCAGCAGCUAAACAGGUGAAAGAUGACCAGCCCACUCUGCUGUUUCCAAAAGUAUGAAAAAAAGGUGCAAUGCUUUAAAAAGAAAAUGGUGCUCUCUGUUUUGCAGGGGGAAAAAUGGUGCUCUGUAGUUAACCUGAUGCUUUU